GUCGCAGCAGCCGCCCCCCGGGCCACGGGGGGAUGUGAAAGGAAUAGAUGUGCUGCGCCAUCCGGAGGCAGAGUUCCACGAGGCGCUUCGAGCAGCACGACACCACGUGGACGAGCUGCAAGCUCGCCUAAGGCAAAUGGAGGCACAGCAAGACACUUUCCUCACAGAGCGACGGGAUGCAAAGGCUGUGGGCAUUUUGGAGCUGCCGGAGGUGACCUUGGCUCCCGCAGCUUGCACGCCUGACGAGGAGGCCUCCGUGACAAAUGAGCCAACGGAGGCGGAGAGUUCCGUCAUCACAUCGAAGAGGUCGUCCUCCGACGGCCAACUAGCCUCGGCAUCCGACUCCGAGAUCAGCACCGACGCCUCUCCGAGUCCGGAUUUGACAGCCGUGAAUGCGGAUGCCUACUACAUCUUCGGCUCCGGCAUGAUCCGAUCCGGCAGCGAGGUCCAGAAAAUCCAGCUUCCUCCUGGUCUCGACCUCCCAAUCCCAGCAAAGCACAGGCCCAUUUUGGGCACCUAUCCCAAUUCGACCGAGAUGCCCCGUGCGUCUCAGGUGGCCUCUUUAUCUCCCGUAUCUACCAUGGCUCAUAUGGAUCCCAUGGCUCCCACCGCUCCCGUAUCUCCCAUUGCUCCCGACCGUGCCCCUGUGGGCCCGACAUUGAUGUCCCCCACCGCGGCCCAGAUGGAUGCCAUGCAGAAGCGCCUGAACCAGCAGAUCGUCGAAGCCGCCAAGGCCCCGAAAGCCGAGGCCGCAGCAAAGCUCCUGGCUCUGGCAGAGGAAAAUAUCGACAGAAUGAAUGCUGUGAACCUCUCCACAGCUUUGCACCGGCUUGCGCGUGCUUGGACCAACAAGCAGGGGAAGGGGCAGAAGUCCUUGGCACGCCAUCCGGUCGUUUCAAGGAUGGUGGAUUUAGCUGAGGAGUUUGCAGAGCGCGACUUGCAAAACCGCGACAACAGCAUGCCAGCAAACUGUUGCACCAUCAUUGCCUGGUCCUGCUCCUCGUUGUCGUUCUUCCGCAGCUCUCUUUUCGCUGUGUUGGUCAAGGUGGCUUCACAAGGUGUGGAGGAAUGCCAAAGCUUUGAGAUCACCAACUUGAUGUGGGCACUUGCAGAGCUGUGCCGACGUCGGCCGCAAAUGGGCAAGGAGCUUUCACCCAGCAUCCAGGAGCUCGUGUUAGCCACGGCACCAGUGUUUAUGAAGUGGCAGCUAGACACAUUGAAUGUGAGGGUGUUGACUUCCGCGCUGAUGUCCCUCGCCUUCUUCCCACCCAUGGACUUGCUGGCGCACGGAGUACUCAUUGCCAAGAUCGUCCUUGAGCUUGCCGUCCGUGACGAGGAGUUGGCUUCCGAAAGUCAAGUUGUUGUCGCAGCAUUCCAGACGUUGUCCAGGGUGGACCGUUCACGCCGGCAGUCCGGCGGCAUAGCCAAAGACGAGGAACUCAGGAUGAUCCGGAAGAGGCUUGCGGAGUACGAUGAACGGGCUUCGAGUGUCUUGGGCGGGCGGCUGGAUCUUUCAUGUGACAAGGAGCUGUCGCUCGGUUGUUUGGUGACCUCACCAUUCUUUGAUGCAUUGGCAGCAUUCGUGAUUCUAUUCAACUCUUUCGUGGUUGGCUGGGAGGUGGAGUGGGAUGCUGCCAACACGCAAGACAAUCCCGUCAUUCAGGCGCUGUCUUCCUUCUGCAACUUCUUCUUCCUCCUGGAGGUCUUACUGCGGCUUACCUUCUUCCGCUGCGAUUUCUUUACGAAUCGAGAGCGAAGGGCCUGGAACCUUUUC